GUGUCCACCAAAUUCCUCAGCGCUCUCUCACACUCCCCUACGGCCACGACUCCGGGGGUGGGGAAACCCAGCGUCAGUUUCCUGCCCGCUCAAGCCCUCGCGGCUCCUUCUCACAACUCUGCGAAGGGGAGCGGAGUGUGAGACCCAACCAGACCCCCAACUCCCGCUCCCAACCCGAGGUGGCUGCCCCACGCGCCACGUUCCGGGAACCCAUUGGUUUCAGGGUCUCUCUCUUCUCUUCCCUCGCUCCUCUCUCCCUUCUCUCUCCGUCUCAUCCUCUUCCCCAAACAUGUCCACCGGCUCCCUCAGCGAUGUGGAGGACCUUCAAGAGGUGGAGAUGCUGGACUGCGACGGGCUGAAAAUGGACUCGAACAAGGAGUUUGUGACUUCCAACGAGAGUACCGAGGAGAGCUCCAACUGCGAGACCGGCUCUCCCCAGAAGGGCCGCGGCGGCCUGGGCAAGAGAAGGAAGGCGCCCACCAAGAAGAGCCCCUUGAGCGGGGUCAGCCAGGAGGGGAAGCAGGUCCAGCGCAACGCGGCCAACGCGCGCGAGCGGGCCCGGAUGCGGGUGCUGAGCAAGGCCUUCUCCAGGCUCAAGACCACACUGCCCUGGGUGCCCCCGGACACCAAGCUCUCCAAGCUGGACACCCUCAGGCUGGCGUCCAGCUACAUAGCCCACUUAAGGCAGAUCCUGGCCAACGACAAGUACGAGAAUGGUUAUAUUCACCCGGUCAACCUGACGUGGCCCUUUAUGGUGGCCGGGAAACCCGAAAGUGACCUGAAAGAAGUGGUAACUGCGAGCCGUUUAUGCGGAACCACGGCGUCCUGACCUUGGAGGUGCGAGUCUGGGAAAGGCGCGCUCCCGGGGGGAGCGGGCCCCGGGAAGGCGACCCUUGCCCUCCCUGUUCUCUGUCUCUGCUUCCCCCUCGCAAUGCUCCUCUCCCUGUCCCACCCCUCGGAACACUUUACAGCGACGAGGAGAUUCGUUUCCAAACCAGAGGACAUCAAUUGUACUUACAACGAUUCCCAUCUAUUUAACUUUAUUAACUUCUACCGUGAAUGACUCUGCGAGCCUUGCUGGUCCAAGUGCAAUACGUAAUUAUAAAUAUAUAAAUAGAUAAUAAGAGCCUAUCAAUGUGUAUCUUUUGUACAAUAUGUUGUAAAAUGUAGAUCAUAGAAUAGCUGACUUUGACAGUCACAUUUAUAAAGUAAUUCACUUAAAGAUAUAUAUUUUUUUCAAACAAGUUUUGCUACUUUCAAAAAUAAAUCUUUCUUUAUAUUGCUAAAAGCCCUGA